GCCUCAGCCUCGAUCCUCAAAAUAUCCACCACUAUGGCCGCAGAUGCGCAGCAACAAGACCCCGCAGACGCCCUUGCGCGACUUCGGAUUGACGACCAGUCCACUCCGGUCACUCGGGCUGCGUCGUCCAUGUCCAUGCGCGGUCCAGCUCUCCCUCGCUCGCCGCGACACGCACAGAGUGUUCCCACUCCGAUGAAUAUCCCCCCCGUCUUUCAACCCGAACACAGAACGACUUCUCCUCCAUAUCAACAGACCUCUCCGCGCGACCCAGACUAUCCGGCCCAACAGGACGUUUAUCAUCACGAUCCCUCUACACAACCCUCACACGAGUCUGCCGCAUCUUACGAUUCCCAAACCACCUACGAGACUGCGUAUGAGUCAAACGCACAGGAUCCUGCGUGUGGUGCCAAUGGUUACUACGACCAAGCCUUGUAUGACCAACAACCGCAUGACGUUCCUCCACCGCAACGGGGAUGGGAGCCCCAGAUGUACGAUUCUCCCGCGCAAGGCUACGAGUCUCCAGUCGCAUACGGUGGCCAGCAGCCAUGGAAUCAGCCUUCGCCUGCCUCCAACCAUCUGUAUUCCGCAGCGUCCAAUGUCUUGGGUAUGGCCCCACCAGGCCAAUAUGCCCAAGGUCACCCCAACCCCGGAUACCGGCCUCCUCCUCCUCCUGGUCCAUAUGGCAACGCCCAGUACGCGCCGAGCCAGACAUCCCUGGUUUCUUCCCGAUACCCAUCAUCGACCCAUUCCGGCAACUCAUAUCCGCCUCCCUCACAGUAUACCGCCGACAGCUCAGACUUCGAACUCAGACCUCAAAUGAAUCGCGAGAAUACAUUCAGCUCUGCCCCGCCCUCCGUCAAGAGCAAAGCUGUUGAUCUCAGUGCUCCUCCGUAUACAAAGGAGUAUAUUGAUCAGUACAGACAACGAAUCAAGGCCGAUCCUGACCCCGAAUCACAUUUCCUGUAUGCGAAAUAUCUGGUAGAUGCUGCGAAAACCAUCCGUCAGACGGCCAAAGAUCAGAAGUCGGCCAAAAAGUAUAGCGAGGUUUUGAUUACGGAGGCUCUCAAAGUUAUUCGUCGACUGGCGACGCAGGGAGACGCCUACGACGAGGCCCAAUUCUAUCUGGCCAACUGCUAUGGGACGGGUUCUCUUGGACUGCAAGUCGACCACGAGCGUGCUUAUCAUCUUUAUCUGCAGGCAGCUAAGCAGAAUCAUGCAGCAUCUUCUUACCGAGUGGCGGUGUGCAACGAGAUCGGCGCUGGCACCCGGAAAGAGCCACAACGUGCUGCUUCGUUCUACCGGAAAGCAGCUUCCCUUGGGGACACUCCCGCCAUGUACAAGCUCGGGAUGAUUCUUCUGCACGGCGCACUCGGCGAGCCGAAGAAUCCCCGCGAAGCUAUCAAUUGGUUGCGUCGUGCCGCUGAGCAGGCCGAUGAAGAGAAUCCGCAUGCGCUCCACGAACUUGCCUUGUUGCAUGAAACGGGUGAGGUCGUUCCCCAAGACCAUGUUGCUUCCAAGAAUCUCUUUACACGUGCCGCCCAUCUCGGAUAUGCACCCUCGCAAUUCAAACUGGGACAAUGCUACGAGUAUGGCUCACUCACAUGUCUGAUGGAUCCACGACGUUCCAUCGCUUGGUACACUAAGGCCGCAGAAAAGGGGGAUCCAGAAGCGGAAUUGGCUCUUAGCGGAUGGUAUCUCACGGGAAGCGAGAAUGUUCUCAAGCAGAGCGAUUCGGAAGCGUAUCUGUGGGCCAGGCGCGCGGCAAACAAGGGCCUCAGCAAGGCUGAAUAUGCCGUCGGAUACUAUGCAGAGGUCGGGAUUGGGAUCAAGCAAGACGUCGAAUUUGCAAAACGUUGGUAUAUGCGAGCUGCUGCCCAGGGGAACAAGCGCGCCAUGAACAGGCUGACGGAGAUGAAGCGGAUGGGAACGAAACGAGGACCAGGUGCUCGACCCACUCGUCAAGAGGCCAGAGACGACUGUAUCGUAGCUUAGAUUUCAUCUUGAUAAUUGUGCGCAUGAACUCGUGACCUAACACGCAUAUAAGUUGCUUCACCUCAACCAUGACCACGAUCAAGGACGAUAUCUCUCUGCUGGAGUAUCUGGACAAUCCCCAGGUCAAUUGUUUAAACGAGUCCUCUGAACACCCCAUCUCGUCUAUCCUGACCACUAAAACGUUGAAUACUUCGCCUGGAUAUCUCCUCAGCGAUGCUGAUGAGCAGCUCCUGCUCAACAUACCCUUUAACCAAUCGGUACGCGUUCGUGCAAUCGUGAUCAAGGCGUCUGUCGAGGAUCAAGCUCCAAAACGCGUCAAACUGGUUGUCAACCGUCCUGCAUUAGGAUUCGAGGAUGUGGAGGACUCGGAAGAGCCUGAAGUGGCACAGACAUUCGAUCUAAGUUUGGAGGAUCUGAAGCAAGGGCAUCCGAUCGCGCUGCGUUAUGUCCGCUUUCAGACUGUGGGCAGUCUCCAUAUUUUCGUAGCGUCCAAUCACGGGGGAGCGGAAGAAACUCGAAUAGAUGGGAUAGAUGUCCUGGGCAUUCCUGUCGAAACAACCAAAGACCUCAGUGGGCUCGUGAAACAAGAUGAUGCUUAAUCCUUUUGCACAAUACACGUAUACUGUCUCUCCCCUACGCUGGGUCGGUAUCCAUUCGAUCUGGCGAAAUACUUCGACUUCUCGAGCGAUAACCGGGAGAGUCUGAGCGAGAUCUCGAACGAGUUGGGCUACGCGAAACAUAGCGUGAUCCUGCGUCGGACGCUGUGCGUUCACUCCCAUUGAGGCUGCGACCUCGACUAGAAGUUCGGCUGUCAUCACGCUCACUCCCGUGUUCGCUUUUGCCCUCCAUAGCGUCCAACAAUCGACUUCUGCGCGGACCUAUAUCUCCAUUCUCCUCCAGCACACCGCGCUUCGUCAAGCGCGGCAAAAUGAUGUCACAGACUCGUUCAUCCGUGAGCAGUUGAUCAAUAAACUCGU